AUGGCUUCCUUAGCAUCGGAGUUCGGAUCUAUCUGGCCGGAUCUUGGUGUUUCUGAGGCUAAUGGUACCGGAUCUUCAAGAUCGUCGGUGUUGCUCGGGUCAUCUCUCCUUGCCGCUAUCCUCCGUUAUGAUCGAGAGCUCUUUUGUCCUAGUCGCUUCUAUCGAGGUGUGUUCCAGUCGCUUGCAUCCGGCACCACCGCACCCGGCAGAAUCAGAUUGUCUGGCCGGGUUAUGAAGGUUUGGCUUUUGAGUUGUGAGGUAGUUUGUGUGUUUGUCACGGAGGUUUAUGCUACUGUUGGUUGGCCGAGGGCAUCUUCAGUAUAG